AUGGUACCAGGCUAUCUUCUUUCGGCUCUCCUAGUCGCCAUUGUAGUGAUACUCUGCAGUCGAUACAGGGAUCGGCAGCGCGAACUACGGGCAAGAACACUGGAAAACAAGGCUAUCGCAGAACACCAUGGCUGCCUUCCGGCUCCAAGGCUUCGGAAUCAAAGACCCUGGGGAGUUGACCGUCUCGAACAAAUCUUCAGAGCAGAUGCCGAGUCACGACUCAUGGGAUUGUUCUUGUUCCAUUUCCGUCAGACGGGUAGCACUCUGGAACAGAAGUUCCUUGGAACCAAAGCCUAUGGCACGAUAGAACCAGCCAACCUCGAAGCCAUUUGCUCUGCCAAUUUCAAAGAUUUUGGAAUGGGUCUGCGCAGAGCGAUCACUUUCCCCAUGUUUGGCGAUGGCAUCUUCACACAAGAAGGUGCCGCCUGGAAACAUUCGAGGGACAUGUUGCGACCACAGCUUCAGCACAAGCAAUACCAGGAUUUGGAACUCUUUGAACAAGCGGUUGACGACUUGAUUAGUAUCAUCGAGAAGAAAGAUGGCGUUAUCGAUCUUCAACCCUUGUUUUUUCGUCUGACGCUCGACACCGCGACUGCGUUUCUCUUCGGAGAAUCAGUACGAAGCCUGAUUACUCCAGAGGCUGUUAGCGAGCAAACAUUUGCAACCGCGUUCAACACCGCCCAGCAGUGGGUUACAAAGCGAUACCGGUUUCUCGAUCUCUACUGGCUGGUGAAUGGCAGAGAGUUCCGGCAAGCUUGCAGCGACGUACAGAAAUUUGCGGACCAUCUUAUCGAUCGCAAUCUCUCACCCGACCGCGCUCGGAAUGAUAAAGGACGAUACGUUUUCCUCGAUACCAUUGCACAAAGCUGCUCCGACCGAUCUGCAUUGAGAGGUCAGAUCAUCAACCUGCUUGCUGCAGGAAGAGACACGACUGCAUGUCUCCUUUCGUGGACCUUCUUUUUGCUUGUCCGUCACCCGCGGGUUCUAGAGAAAUUAAGGCAAGAAAUCGCAUCUGUAUGUGACGCUGAGUCCAGCUUGUCACGGACCGUCCUACGAAAGAUGCAUUACCUGCAAAAUGUGCUCAACGAGACCCUUCGACUCUACCCUUCCCUCCCUGUGAACACUCGCACAGCAGUGAAAACGACUGUUCUUCCCACAGGCGGCGGUCCCGAUCGAAAAUCUCCUGUUUUAAUACCCAAAGGAAGCGCUUUAGCGUUCAGUGUCUACUCUAUGCACAGACGACCCGAUCUAUAUGGUAUGGACGCCGAGCUAUUCCGUCCAGAAAGAUGGGAUGAGGAGUUGCCUAUGCACAAGGAUCCUACUAAGCACAAAUGGGGCUAUCUCCCGUUUCACGGUGGCCCUCGGGUCUGUCUUGGAAUGGAUUUCGCCCUUACGGAAGCCGGAUACACGGUCGCCCGACUCAUUCAAAGAUUCCCAACCAUCAAACUACCCGAAGGCGAGACGUUCGAACUAGUUGGGGUCGAGAAACAAGUCAUGACGCUGGUGAUAUCGAUCAAAGACGGUUGUAAGGUUGAUAUCCGGUAGUGUAUGGAAUUGAGCACAUGUUAGGAGAUUGCCUACCAAGAGCAUCUACCCAACGUAUGAAUAGGAUCUUCUAAGGAAAAUCGUAUCGUUAUACAUGAAUCGAGCUGAACACCUCGGUAAGAAAAC